AUGCGACACUCUGAUAGAGAUCAUAGAACAAGUCUCAUCCGAAUGUACAAUGACUCGCCAAAAAAACCUGGGCUUGUGUCGUGUCGCGACCAGCCGUCAAAAGUACUAGUGACCUUAUCGAUAAUUGCUCGAGUCUUGGCGAUACAAUUAGUUUUGCUCCUCUUAGUUCAAUUGUACGGUAAAAGAAUGCUAAUAUGGCUAUAUAAUUGGUUGUUAGAAUGUCCGCGAGGCUCGGAUCGAUGUGUACUAUGGUGGCAAAGAUGGGAAAUAUCGGAGUUUUUAUUUUGGAGGUUUUCUACCUAUAUAGAGCGUAAAUAUUACUCCUAA